AUGACUUGCAUCGGAGACGGAGCAGCUGGUGAUGUCUUCAUGCAGUUACCCAACAGAGAAUUCCAUGUCCCGUCGCUCGUGUUGCUGAGGACAGCAUGUCAUUCUCCGCUUCGGCCUUGCUGGGCCAAGGAUGUAUGGUAUCUGCGACUUUCGUCCCCAACCCUCCAGCUUCAACCGUCGUCUCCUCUCCAAGGUUCCUCCAAUUCUUUCCUACGCACCCCCUUCAUUGUGGUUGGUAGCCAACCUCAACUUACAUCUACCCAGGCAGCCUUACACUGGGCGCCUCGUUCACUGGCCGAGACAGCAAUGACAUCGCAUUUGGUUCGGAAACAAGCAUUGUCCCUUGCGAACCGACCGUGGACCAAAAUUCAUCCAAAGCGCGAACAGCAGAAGGACCCUGAAGAUCCCAUCUUGAGAGGCGUCUGCCUUGCCCCAAUCCAAUGCUGGGUCUGCGUGCAGCUAGCCGCACUAGCGCGUCUGCUCGUUGGCUGCUUUCGAUCCAGGAGUCCUCCAACCGAGGGGGUAUCUGUACAGUACGGAGUACGGCCACACCUUUUACAAAAACGCUACCGGAUUGCGAAGCCUGCGAAUUGCAUCCAACCUAUCCCUCCCUCCGUGACAUUCCCCGGCCGCCAAAUGGCCCGCCGCCAGCGCCGCCGCGGUACGAUGCCGUACCACUGCUACACGGGCUGCGGGCACGGGCACGCACAUUUACAUACUACCCAUCUGUAUCUGUUCUGCUCCAUGUCGACCAAACAACGAACACACUCCCGCCCACCCACACAUCCAAGCACCCUUGACGGCGCAUUUACAGGCACUAGCUAUGCUAUCUGCUACCCACCCACCGCAUCCAACUGA